AUGGCGCCUCCUACACAGAUUGCUUUUCGAACCCUCAAGGAAAUUGGCAUACUGGAUGCCGCUCCUGUAUACCAGCCUGUGCCAGGGUUUGUGAGGCCUGAAGGCAACCUCCGCUGCUGCGCUUAUUCUCCAUGCGGACGAUAUUUCGCAUGGGCUUCUCCGGAGCGUGUCACCAUCGUCGAUCCCUCCGACGGCCACGUCAUCACCACGCUUCCCGCGGAGAACGUGUUCGAACUCGGCUUCUCGCCACUGGGCACGUACGUGAUAACCUGGCAGCGGCCGUCCAAGGACGAGAAUGGUGACGCCGUCAAGAACCUGAAGGUCUGGCGCGUUGAGGGGAGUGCUCAAGGAGGUGCCGGCGAGGGCGGCGACGAAAGCUCGAUUGUGGGUCGUUUCGUCCAGAAGUCGCAAACGGGCUGGAACUUGCAGUACACGUCUGACGAGCGCUUCUGCGCCCGCGCCGUUACGAACGAGGUCCAGUUUUUCAAGAGUGACGACCUCUCGACCGUCUGGAACAAGCUACGUGUGGAGGGUGUGUCGGAUUUUGCGCUCUCGCCCGGGAAGACUCACUCGAUUGCCGUGUUUGUGCCUGAGCGGAAGGGACAACCGGCUGUGGUCAAGGUGUUCUUAAUCCCUCAGUUCGGCACUCCAGUCUCUCAGAAGACCUUUUUCAAAGGCGACAAGGUCCAGCUGAAAUGGAACAGGUCGGGCACGUCUCUGAUUGUGCUCGCACAAACGGACGUCGACAAGUCCGGCAAGAGCUACUACGGAGAGACGACCCUUUAUCUGCUGAGUGCGACGGGUGGAUUUGACUCGAGAAUCGAUCUUGACAAAGAGGGCCCAAUCCACGACGUGACGUGGUCCCCCAACUCGAAAGAGUUUGGGGUGGUAUAUGGCUAUAUGCCUGCCAAAACCACGAUUUUCAACCUUCGCGCUGUGGCAACACACAGCUUUCCUCUGGGGCCUCGCAACACGAUUUUGUUUUCUCCCCAUGGUCGCUUCGUUCUGGUUGCGGGCUUUGGCAACUUGGCCGGCCAGAUGGAUGUGUACGAUCUGGAAAAGAACUACAACAAGGUCGCCACUAUUGAGGCAUCCAAUGCCACUGUUUGCGAAUGGUCGCCUGACGGAAAGCAUAUCCUCACUGCUACGACGAGUCCCCGGCUGAGAGUUGACAACGGGGUGCGAAUCUGGCAUGUCAGUGGCAACCUGAUGUACAAUGAGGACAUGAACGAGCUCUACCAGGUUUGCUGGCGACCUCAGAGCACCACUCAGCACCCUCUCGGGGACCCAUUCAACCCCGUUCCAGCACCCCAUUCCUCUGCUGUCGAGUACCUCGCCAAGAAGAAGACGCCCUCGAAGCCCGCAGGUGCUUACCGGCCACCUGGAGCUCGUGGACAAGUGACGCCAUUGGCGUUUAAGAGAGAGGACGAAGGCGGUGCGGCUUUUGUGAGGGACGGGACGCCCUCCUCGGGUGCCGGCGCCACAAAUGGGUUUAGUAAACCCCGGAGACAGGUGCCUGGCGCAGAGCCCGCCGAGUAUGUGCCUCCGGGAGCUGCUCCCGGAGGUGGGGUGGCUCUGCCACCCGGUGCUGAGCCGGAGGAGAAGCAGCUGUCCAAGUCGGCGGCGAAGAACAAGAAGAAGCGCGAGGCCAAGAAGGCGAGAGAGAAUGCGGAGAAGAACGCCAACGCCAACGCCAGCGCCGCGGGUACGGAAGGUACCCCAGAGCUGACGCCUAGCCCUGAGCCUCGGGGCCAUGAGCGUAGCCGCUCCAAGGGCAACAACCGAGGCCGGGCAGAAAGCAAUGCCAACCGACCCAAUGGGGCCCCAACGGGGCCUGCGCAAGGUAAUAAUAACAACAACAAGGCGAAUGCCAAGCCUAACAACGGUGCAGCUGCACCCGUAACGGACGGAGCAACGGACAACACUCCUUCUGCCACGACAGGAGCGACAGGAGGGGCUGCCAGCACGCCGCAGGACAAGCGGAUCCGCAGUCUCCUGAAGAAGAUCCGCGCGAUCGAGGAGCUGAAGAUGCGGCUGGCAGCGGGCGAGAGGUUGGAAGACACGCAGAUGAAGAAGAUUCAGACGGAGGACGCGGUUCGCAAGGAGCUGGAAAGUUUGGGCUAUAAUGGGUAG